AUGUCCGAAAUGAGUGAUCAAGACAGUAUAGAAGUUGAGAGAGAACAAAGGUCUAACGGCGGUGGUGAUGAAGGCGAUGCAUGGGGUAGUCACGAGUCUUCAUCAGUACGCCGUUACGCUAGAAUGCCUGUAGAAAGAGACGCGAUAUAUUAUAACAUGAAUCAUAAGAAUCGUGGUAUGGCAAUUAUCUUUAAUCAUGAACACUUUGAUAUCCACAACUUAAGACCUCGUACAGGAACGAAUGCUGACAGCGACAAUUUAUCACGAGUAUUAAAAGGCUUGGGAUUUCGUGUAACAAUAGUAAAUAAUUUAAAAUUUGAAGAUGUUAAUAGAUAUUUGCAAGAGGUUUCUCAGAUGGAUCACACUGAAAAUGAUUGCAUGCUUAUUGCAGUACUGAGUCACGGAGAGAUGGGUAUGCUCUAUGCUAAAGAUACUCAUUAUAAGCCUGACACUCUCUGGUACUAUUUUACUGCCGAUAAAUGCCCUACAUUGGCAGGAAAACCAAAACUCUUUUUUAUACAAGCAUGCCAGGGAGAUAAAUUAGAUGGAGGAAUAACACUGACCAGCAGGACCGAAACAGAUGGUUCAAGUCCAUCAUACAGAAUUCCUAUACAUGCUGACUUUUUGAUAGUGUUUUCAACAGUUCCAGGUUAUUAUUCUUGGAGAAACACUACUCGAGGUUCAUGGUUCAUGCAGGCACUUUGUGAUGAGCUUCGUGAAAAUGGCACAAAAAAAGACAUCCUUACUUUGCUAACUUUUGUCACAAAGAGAGUAGCAUUUGACUAUGAAUCAAAUACUCCAGAUAUGCUAACAAUGCAUCAGCAGAAGCAAGUACCAUGUACUAAUACUAUGUUGACAAGAUUACUUCUGUUUAAUAAGAAG